AUGGGCGACAGCCAGAAUUCUAGGGAGAAAGAUCCGUUCCUACAGGAUUACAGCGCCGAAGAACUGCGAAUUGCUUCGGAGUUCUUGUCCAAUUGGCUGCCGUUUCUCUCCUGUGGACUCUGCAAGAGCUGUACUGAAACUCUUUCUGAUCGCAUCCGAUCCCUCAACCCAGAAAUCAAUGGUGAAGUAGGACCUGGUAAAAAGAAGGGGAAAUUUUCUGUUUCGGCUAUCAUGGAUCUGAGUAGAAGUAAAGAAGAUUGUGAUUGUUCAGUUGGGAGUUUGAAAGAUAGUAUGGAUCAUAAUGAUAACACAGAUACAUAUUCAUUGGGCAGCUGGAAAGAUGAGGCAGAUGGGUUGUCAGAGCCAGCUGCUGACGCAUUGUCAACCAGUGAAACAUCUACCUUGUUAACGCCUUUUGCAAGCUUGAAGGUGAAAAUGUCUUGGGCCGAUAUGGCUCAAGAGGAUGAGCUUGACAUGGGGGAAGAGAUUGGCAGUAGUACGUCUGUCGGUGUGCAAGAGGGAACAACAUUGGACGAUGCUAAGCCAAAGUCGGGGUUGUCAAGGGAGCAAAGAGAACACAUUCGAUUCUGUAAUGUGAGGAGAAAGAAGAAUUUUAUAUCUUUCGAAAGAGUUAAUGGGAAAUUCGUGAACAUUCUAGAAGGCCUGGAGUUACAUAAAUGUGUCUUCAGUGCUGCAGAACAAAACAGGAUUGUUAAGUAUGUUGAGAAGCUUCAAGAGAUGGGGAGCAAUGGGAAGCUGAAAGAGCGCACCUACUCUGCGCCGCAGAAGUGGAUGAGAGGGAAGGGCCGCAUCACUCUUCAGUUUGGUUGCUGCUACAAUUAUGCAAUAGAUAAAAAGGGCAAUCCACCAGGCAUUCUCAAAAAUGAAAUGGUUGAUCCUUUACCCCAUCUUUUUAAAGUUAUGAUCAAAAGGCUCGUUACAUGGCAUGUUCUCCCUCCAUCGUGCGUUCCCGAUAGCUGUAUCGUCAACAUUUAUGAAGAGGGAGACUGUAUACCACCUCACAUUGAUAAUCACGAUUUCGUUCGACCUUUUUGUACCGUCUCUUUCCUUAGCGAGUGUGAAAUACUUUUUGGAUCAAACUUGAAAAUAGUGGGUCCUGGUGACUUCGCUGGUUCUUUUGCAAUUCCUCUACCAGUUGGAUCUGUUCUUGUCUUAAAGGGAAAUGGAGCUGAUGUGGCUAAGCACUGUGUGCCAGCUGUUCCUACGAGAAGGAUAUCAAUUACCUUUAGGAAAAUGGACGAAUCUAAACUGCCGAUUGGAUAUGUCCCUGAAUCUGAUCUGCAAGGGCUUCAGCCAUUGCCUUACGAAGAUGACUCAUCAAAGAGUUACAAUCCUUCUAAAGAGAGGCAUUUUUCAAAAACCCAAGCAUCUGGAAGAGAUGAGAAAACAGAGAGAGGAAUGAGAUCGGCAGGAAGGUACUCGAAUGCCCAUUAUUCAGGUCGAAGCAGACAAGGUCCUGUAAACAGGCCAAUGGGAUGGGUUAAUUCGGAAAAGUGA